AUGGAAUCGAAUGGAGACAUCGUCGUGGUGCCUUCGUUGGAAAGGUCCGUCGACGAAAAGGCAGAUAUAGAUGACAAGCAAACAGGUCCUCUAUCGUCUGGGAAUGGAAACGAGCAACGAACGUCGGAUCAAAUACAAGAAAUGUCAAAUGGAAGACUCAUGUUGUUGGCUACGGGUAUGGCGGUGGUAUGGGCAUGCACGUUUUCGACAUCUAAGUUUCAGUCCGCCGCCAUCCUCGAAACUGCAUUCAUUCUUCCCACUGUAGGACGUGAAUUCUCUCUAUCUGAUGCCAAAGCACAAUGGAUAGCAGCUAGUUAUAUGCUUACUUGGGGCUGUUUUCAAGUUAUAGCGGGUAGACUAUGUGAUGUUUAUGGUCAAAAAAGGGGUUUAUUGAUCGGUUGUUUUACAUUCAUCAUUUUUAAUGUGUUAUCAGCUGUCAUGCCUAACGCCAUAGGCCUCAUCAUACUCCGAGGAUUCACAGGACUCAGUUCAGCAUUACUAUUACCCUCUUCAGCUGGAUUGAUAGGGAUCUUGUAUCCGAAAGGAAGGAAGAGGACUUUUGCAUUUACGGUGAUUACUACUGGUGGAGCGGCCGGAGCGGCCGGAGGUGAACUCUUCGGUGGAAUUUUCAUACAAUACACUCGUUGGACCUGGAGAGCAUGUUUCAUGUCUCUGGCAGCGGUCACCAUCUAUCCUCUUAUAUUAGGUUGGUGGUUGAUCCCCGCCGACCCACCAAUAACGUCAAAACUGUCGGUCGAUUGGUUGGGUGCCAUCUCCCUUGGAUCUGGUUUAUUGUUGAUACUUCUUGGAUUGACAAUAUCGGAAACUAGUUCAAAACGAUGGAGCACGCCCUACUUGCCUGCUUUGUUGAUUGGCGGCGUUAUACUCUUAGGGUUCUUCAUCUGGCGACAGAGGUACUUGAUGAGAUGUUCAAGACGAGAAGAGAACAAUAAACCACCGCCUUUGAUACCCUCUUCUUUGAUACUGAAAGACGCGAGGAACGUCUUGAUGAUUUAUCUGGCUUCGGCUUGCACUUGGGCCUAUACGGACGGAGAUGAGUGGUUGGAUCAGAGGCCAAGCUGGGUAUACAGGGUACCGACAUGGGCCCCCGUCAGAAGAUCUGGGGAUCAGACGGUUUUCCUUUCCUUCUUUGUAUUCGUUUCAUACCUUUAUUUCGACGUAUUAAAGCUUAAACCUUUCGACGCGGGGUUGAAAUUGAGCGUGACGUUUUUCAGUGGAUCCAUGGCUGCGUUGGUCGUGGCUCUGAGUAUAUCACACGUUCCUCCAAGAGUUUUGAUGACUUUUGGACGUACACUCUCUCUAAUCUCCCCCAUCCUCUUCGGUAUAAGGAAAUUAGAUUGGAAGUUUUGGCAAUGUGAUCUGUGGGCGUUUCUCUUUGCUGCAUAUGGGACAGAUGCGACAAUAGCUGCUGGAUCAUCUAUAAUCUCUCAUACAGCUUCAGAGGAUGAUCAAAGUGUAGCCGCUGGUUAG